ACACCUACUGUCCUUGAAACGUGCAACAACAGUGAUGUAACAAAAAAGAUUCAACCCCAUAAAAUUACACCUCUUUUUUAUUCCGAUCAGACUCGUCGUUUUCAAAAGAACAAAUUGCUCUUAACCAAACCAGUCAGCUUGGCCAAUCACAAACAGCCUCCGUCUCCUAUAAGAGUUGGGUGAGUACGUCAACACAGAAGAUACAGACUGCAAAGCUUCAGGGAUGAUGCCACUUUACAUUUUACUUCUGCUUCUCUGUAAAAUCUCUCAGGUUCCAGCUGUUAACAAGACCUCAGGUAUAACUCAGGAUAGUGGCAUCAUAACAGCUAAAGCUGGACAGAAUGUGACUUUGCGAUGCUUUUGUCGAGAUGAUGCAGUAACUUUCCUUUCUUGGUACCAGCAAAGUUUGGGAAGCAAGCCUCUUAUUAUAUCAACUCGGAUGAAGCAUAACCCAGAUGUUACCAUCUACCCUGCAUAUAAAGAAAGGUUUCAAAUCUCAGCAGAAGGUAAAGACGGUGCCAACCAUCUCAUAAUCACCAACCUUCAAAUCUUGGAUUCAGCAACAUAUUACUGUGGGAUUUUAGAAUUCAACGCAAUAGAAUUUGGACAAGGAGCUUUCCUUCAUGUCAAAACAUCGCUGUCCAACAUCCAAGCUGUUGUCCAUCAACCAGCGUUGGAGCCACUUUGGUCUGGAGACUCUGUGAAUUUGAGCUGUACAGCAUACGCUGAACCAUGUGCAGGGGAGCAGAGCCUCUACUGGUUCAGACAUGGAGCGGGUCAACCUGCAGUCAUGUAUCGCAGCGCGGGACAGUGUGAAAACCUUUCCAGUGAAGAGUCUCAUAUGAAAAACUGCACUUUAAACCUUGCUAUUAAGUCUGUGAGCUCCUCUGAUGCAGGGAUGUACUACUGUGCUCUGGCCUCCUGUGGGGAGAUUGUGUUUGGAAAUGGAACCAGAGUGGAGAUUACAGGACGUUCUACCAAACUCCCCCUCCUGGUGUAUUGUCUUUGUCUGGCGUUGACAGUUUCCAUUAUCGUGCUCCUUGUCUUGGCUUUCAUCAUGUACAAGUUGAAACAAAAGUCAUGCUCUGUCUGCAAAGGGACUUUUUCUCAUGUAACAUGUUCAGCAGCUUCUGAUGCCAUGAGCCAAGAUGACAUUCUCCAUUAUGCUGCGCUGAGUCUGAACAGAAAGAGCGAACGACUUCGUCAAGAGGACAACGUGGAGAGUGAUUGUGUAUACUCUAGAGUAAGGAGUCGAAAAGAGUGAAAAGUUAAAUAGGACUUCACCACUUCUUAAAAUUUUUUAAUUAUCUCUCUCUCCUGUCAAUGACUAAAUGUAUAGUAUUAAAAAAUUAAAUCCAUUUUUUUGUGUAAUGUGUUUGCAGUAUUUUGUAUGUUCAUUUUGUUCUGAAAGUGUUCAACAAUCACAUGGAUCAGCAUCUUCAUGUAUACAAUAUAAUACUGUAAACAGACGUAGACAAAGCAGCAUCUUGAAAAUCCCCCAAGACCUAUUAAUAUCUUCUUUUGCUAGAAACAUAAGCACCGGUCGCACCUUCAGCCUAGCCUGCUCUCACCGUUUACCUUACACUCCUGUGGUGAAGGUGGUGUGAACACAGAGCACAAGUUUCCAUUAGUGGAAACAUUAAGUCCUAGCUUCAACACAGGAAGACCAGCCGGUAGCUUUCA